UCGCAUCCCCAGACAUGGCUUGUCCGCAUAUCGGCGAUUUGGCUCGUCUACAACCACCACGUCUCUCCCAAUCCGUACAUCGGGAGGAGUGCACGCAAUGCUUCGACAAUCAGGACCAGCCAUUGGGCAUCGACGUCUGUCUGAGCUGUUUCAAUGGAGGUUGCUUGGAUCGUGACCGAUCCCAUAUGCGUCUGCACAUCGCGAAGACUGGGCACUCCUUCACUCUGAACGUGAAGCGGAAAAUGAAGCCUUCGGCGUACCGGGCAGAUAAAGAAGAACCACCGGCCAAGAUGACCAAGCUUGCUAUCGUCGCUGAGCGAGACGAAGACAAGUAUGAGCACCACACUGUCGUUAAAUGCUGGAAGUGCAACCCCGAGACAGGUCUCGAACUAUCCGCACUCUCCGAAGACCCCCAUGCCAAGACCAUUAUCGACGGCGUCAUGCACUCCUUAUCUUCUGCGCGCCAAUCCGAGGUCAAGGCUUGGGAAGAAGAGAUCACGGCUUGCGAGCACACCCUGAUGCUUGAGCAGCAUGCGACGGGCCCGAUCCUCGCCUCCGGCCUCGCACACUGCUUGAAAUGCGAUCUCAAGGAGAACUUGUGGUUGUGUCUUACUUGCGGCUCUCUUGGAUGUGGCCGGCAGCAAUAUGGCGGCUUGGGCGGAAACGGACAUGGCUUGCAGCACUACGAGGAGACUAAACAUCCUAUUAGCGUCAAGCUGGGUACGAUAACGCCUGAAGGCAAUGCCGAUAUCUAUUGCUACCUAUGUACUGAUGCAAGGCUGGAUCCUGAGCUAUCUGUCCACUUGGCAGCGUUCGGGAUCAAUGUGGCAACACAAACAAAGACCGAGAAGUCGAUGACUGAGCUGCAAAUCGAGCAAAACCUUACGUUCGACUUCUCACUGACAGACGAGUCGGGAAAUGCGCUAGAGCCUGUCUUCGGGCCCGGACUGACAGGUUUGGCGAACCUGGGGAACAGCUGCUACAUGGCUUCCGUCCUGCAGACCACAUUCUCUCUACCAUCAUUCCGCGAUCGCUAUUACCCAACCGCCAAGGCGCAUUGGCAGAACUGUCACGAGGCGCUCCCCGCCGACUGCCUUGAUUGCCAGCUCCACAAGGUCGCCGACGGCCUCCUCUCCGGACGGUACUCGCACCCACGGCCCGCCGAGAGUGCGCCGCCGAAAGAGACAAAUCCGCUCGCGCACGAGUCGCCGACGCCAAUUUUCCAGGAGGGCGUGCGUCCGAGCAUGUUCAAGGCGCUUAUCGGUCGGGGCCACGAGGAGUUCGCGACAAUGCGCCAGCAGGACUCGGAGGAGUUCUUCACGCACUUUCUCGGCGCGGUCCGCCGUCAGCUCAAGAAGACCGGCGCCGGCGCGGACCCGACGGAGAUCUUCAAGUUCGGCACAGAACAGCGCCUGCAGUGUGGCGACUGCCAGAAGGUGCGGUAUCGCGUCGACUCGACGGAUGUCGUCAGUGUACCUGUGCCCAAGCGGGGGAAGGGUGUGGACGAAGAGAUGAAGCCCCAGUACGAGGAAGUGCAGCUCAAGCAGUGUCUGGACAUCUUGACCGGUUUCGAGGCUCUCGAGUACACCUGUCCCUCGUGCCAGAAGCAGGUUAUUGCCAAAAAGCAGACCAGAUUUGCAACCUUCCCUGAAGUCCUCGUCGUGCAUGCCAAGAAGUUUCAGCUCGUGAAUUGGGUUCCAACCAAGCUUGAUAUUCCGGUCAUCCUGCCUGCGGAUGAUAUUUUGCAGCUUGAUGAGUACCUAGGUCGCGGCCUCCAGCCUGGUGAGACCGAGCUUCCAGACGAUAGCGAUACUGGUGCAACGCUGCCCGAAUUCGAUGCUGAAGCGAUGGCUCAGUUGGAAGGCAUGGGUUUCCCUACCGUUCGUUGUCAGAAGGCUCUGCUCGCGACGGGCAACAGCGAUCCGCAAGCCGCAAUGGAAUGGCUCUUCCAGCAUAUGGACGAUCCGGACAUCGACGCGCCAAUCCAGGUAUCGGGCUCCAAGGGCGGAAAUGAGCCUUCGCAGGAGCAGAUUGAGAUUCUUGCCGCCAUGGGCUUUACUCCUGCGCAAGCUAAGAAGGCCCUCCGCGAGACUGGCGGCGACGCGGAACGUGCGGUGGACUGGCUCUUCUCACAUCCGGAUGAAACGGGUGAAGACUCAGCACCAUCGUCGUCCGAGCAGCCUGGAACGCUCGCGGUAGGCGGCUCAUCGGCGCUGCCGGCGCGGUAUAAGCUCAAGGCAUUCAUCUCGCACAAAGGUCCCUCCGUACACUCUGGGCACUACGUCGCGCAUAUCCGGACAGCGGAUCCGAGUGGAAGCGGCGACAUGUGGGUGCUGUUCAACGACGAGAAAGUUGUCAAGGCGGACGCAGAGAGCGUUCGGGACCUGAAGCGGUUCGCGUACCUGUACGUGUUCGAGAAGGCAUGAGUGACGUCGUCUCUGCCAAGAUACAAAUCAAAUGACCUGGUAGUCUGUACUCGUGUAUAUUUUACGUCUUGC